UAUGCGAGCUGAAUCGACGGUCUAUUUUAGAUCGAGGUAUUAUCAAGGCAAGGGGUGAAUAUUAAGAGAUGUGAAAAUGUCUAAAGAAGAUAUUAUAUAUGAUGUUAUUGUAGUAGGGGCUGGUAUAGAAGGGUCAUCUACAGCAUAUCAACUAGCUAAACGAGGUCAAUCAACACUUCUACUAGAACAGUUUCCCCUACCUCAUAGUCGAGGCAGUUCACAUGGACAGAGUCGUAUAACAAGACGAGCCUAUCCCCAGGCCAUAUAUUCUGCUAUGAUGAAGGAUAGUUUUGAAGGGUGGAGAAUUCUACAGGAGGAAUGCGGUGAAAAGAUAUACAAUAAUUGUGGAACUCUCUAUAUAUCCCCACCAUCCGUUCUGGCCCCAAUAGAAACGGGGUUAAAGGUCAACAAAGCUCCAUACAGAUCACUAACAUUACCAGAGCUAAAAUCCGAAUUCCCCACUUUUACACUACCGGAUGAUUAUGUGGGUAUUUACGACUACCAAGGUGGAAUACUCUACGCUGAUAAAUCACUAAGAGCUUUUCAGGAACAAUUUAAGAAAUAUGGUGGAACUUUACGUGAUGGUGAACGGGUUGAUGACGUGAUGCCAGGAGAUAUAGUUACCUUGACAACCACGACCGGAAAUCAGUAUAGAGGAAGAAAUAUUGUUCUAGCUCUAGGUCCAUACACCAAUAAUUUACUGGCUAAAACUGGACUUCAAUUACCUCUAAAGGUUCUAAGAGUUAUGGUGCUGUACUGGAAAGAGAAGGUAUCUGGGAUGCACUCAUCUGAUAAAUUCCCGUGUUUUCUAGAUACAGUAGGAUCUCAUGAUAUGACAGUGUACUCUACGCCCAGUGAUGAAUAUCAGGGUUUAGUAAAGGUUUGUUUAACAAUGGGUCCCGUGGUAGAUCCCUACAUUAGAGAUGGUGUUGACGUCAGCUGGGUGCGAGAAAGAAUGAUGAAAUACGUCACGAAUAGAUUACCAUGGUUACAUCCUGUGCCGGCGAUAGAAGAGCCUUGUGUUAAAACGAAUUCUCCAGAUGGGCAUCUUUUUCUUGAUCGUCAUCCAAAAUAUGAAAAUAUCAUCAUAGCGGCCGGUUUCUCUGGUCAUGGGUUCAAGCUAGCACCUGUAGUAGGGACGAUUUUAAGUGAUUUGGUCCUGGGAAAAACACCAGAGUUUGAUAUGAAUUAUUUUAAGAUUUCUCGAUUUGAUAAAGGAGUUGUGACAAAUUAUAGGAGCAAAUUAUAGUUAGGAUCAUAUUUUCAUUUACACGUUUAAAACGCCCGAGUUGUUAAUGCCCCAGUCAGACCGGGGUGGCGUCCUUAUUACUGCGCUGUUGUGAUCGUACGCAAUCUGCUUUAAAUACAGAUCUAUAUUUCGUUUCGUUUUUUUAUACUUUCGAUGGCCUACACAACAUGAAGAUCUGACAAGUUAUAGCGAUAGGUCACGUCAGGGGUCAAGAGACCGACUUAUGACCCUAUGUCGUCAGACAUUUGAUUAACCAAUCAGCAUUGAUGUUACUGGUUGAUUACCCACAGUUCCGUGAAAAACACGCCUAAAGCUCGCCGUAACAGACCGUUUCAUUGGCUUAUCCCUGACACCAUUCAGAACACGAGUUAAAUAACAACUCUUCCAGAUCCAAGUGUAGUAAAGACAAGUAAAACGAAAUUUUGAUCUAUAAAAACGAAACGAAAUAGGAUCUGUGUUUUAACCAGAUUGGAUCGUACGGCGACCAGGAAAUGCACGCCAGUAAACGUGAACACAACGCGAGAAAAUGUCCAAAAAUUUUACAAACUUGAAAAAAGUCGCGCUCUUACAGCUUUCCAGAUUAGAUCGCAGAACCUUGGCGUUUGUUUUGAACAUGCUCAAAACAAACGACGUGACUCUGCGAUCAUUGGCGACCAUGGAGACCACAGCACAAUAUCCGGCGUUUCCACCACGCUUUUACCACGCUUAUGACGACCUUGACGCGCACUGAGACAAUUUUCCGUUGCCUUAGCAGCGCUGUACGGACGCCACCAUGGUCUGACGAGGGUAGAAGACUCUGUCUUUACGGCAAAACUUACAGAGACUUUAUUGAGACUAUACUUCCGGGUCUUCUGUUACUAUAAAUAUAUCAGAUUAAUAUACCGAAUUUACCAAAUCGAUCAAAGAACUAAUUAUAUCUAUCAGCUGUAUUUCUAUGAAUUAUCAUUGUGAUCAUACAUACUAAACUUAGGCUGUCUGUCUACAGUUAGCUCCGCUUGAGAACAAACACUAAAGUAAUUGGUCGACAUUUUGAGUCCUAAUUCGACGAUUUUAAUCGAAAACACUACAUAUAUUUUUUUUUAUUCCGCUUCCAUUUAAUGAAAUUGAGUAGGUUUAUUUAGCCUUUGUGUAUAAGACAGAUGUGAAACGGAGUAGCAUCUCAUAAUAAAACAAUACUAAUUUUUGGAUAUGGCGGCCAUUUAGGACAGGGAUCUAUUAUCGAAGUAUGAAGUAGACGGACCUCUGUGUACAGAAUGUGUGAUCAUAUAGUUGAUUUAUUUCUUCCCUUUACUGAUCAAUAAAAAUAAAAUAAUAUGGUUUG